UUUUUUUUUUUUGGCUGGUCCUUGAGAAAAAAAAAAAAAAAAGUCGCCAGGCGGUCCUUUGUCCUAAUUGAAGCCGUCAACAAUGCUUCUUUUACGGUUACCGAUGGCUUCUUUCGCGAAACAAGUGCCUAAAACAUUGAUAUUACAUCGAAUAACGCCUGCUACCCUGCAACGGUCGUGCCAUUUCGCGACAUUGCCAAAGACGGCGAGAUCUGUUUUCCAUGCAUCAAAGUUACGAUCGCGUCGCGGUUUCGAUGUACGACAUGUGCUGAUAGCGCCUUUAUCUUCGGGCAACCCGGAGCCAGACAAGCGAAACGCACUGCAAAAGAAAGCCGACACUACAAAAGAAGUGCUCAACAAGUUAAAACAAUCCAUGCCGAUCGCCAAGGAAAAUAUUUAUACAAUUCCCAAUUUCUUGACGUUUGGACGCCUGUUAUCAGCUCCGUUUAUCGGUUACCUGAUUUUGCAGCACGACUAUAAUUUCGCAUUGGGCAUGUUUGCGUUGUCUGGACUGACCGAUAUGUUGGAUGGAUACAUUGCACGACGAUACAAUAUGAAAACGUUUACCGGCAGUAUCAUUGAUCCUGCCGCCGACAAAAUGCUCAUGACAGUAAUGACAGUAACCCUGGCCAUGGAAAAUGUAAUACCAGUUCCAUUGGCUACGGUGAUUCUGGGACGUGAUGUUGGCUUGGUGCUUGCUAGCUUCUACUACCGAUACAUUUCUCUCCCGGCACCGAAAACUCUUAUACGUUACUUUGAUUUCUCCAUACCCUCGGCCGAAGUACGACCGACCAUGAUCAGCAAAGUGAAUACGGCGUUGCAGUUACUGUUGAUGGGAUUUUCGCUCACCUCGGUCACGGUGGGUAUGCCUUCUGCCGAAUUAAUGACCGGAAUGCAUUGGUUGGUCGGUGCUACCACUGUCUGGUCGGGCGCAAGUUACAUCUACUCCAAGGACGCUGUCCGCCUUUUACAUCGACCGAAAAACUAGCAUUUCCCUUUAAAUUUCUUUUGAAAUCCUCAUUUAAAGCAGAACAAAAAAACCUUUCCUUAUAUGGCACAGCCUCCGUGAAGCAUGAACAAAAAUUGCGCUCUGCAUGGUCAAUUAUUUUUUUUAUAUCUGGGAAACUGAAAGCCAAUCAUUCAAAUUGGUACAAAAAUGGACAGACGGAGAUUGGGCAAUCAUAUGGGGUAUUCCAUGUAUUCCAUGAUUUUGUGUUGCCUAUCAAGAUUUUUUUUUUUUUUU